AGGCUGCUGGGAGUUGUGGGCGUCUUCGGUCUCUCUCUCCUUCUGUCUUAAUUCAAGCCGCCUCGUGAGGGGCUGUGCCACGCCCGGAGUGGUUGCUGGCAGCGGCGGCGGGGUGCGCCCGCUUUGGAGAUUUAUCCGCCUGAGGGAGAGGGAAUGCCGGACGGCGCCGGACUGUUCCGGUCACAACUGUCACAAGGUUUGAUAAUCCCAUGAGAGCACCAAUUAGUUGCCAAUGUCAUUUGACUCAUCAGGAAGAUCUUGUUUAAAAGAAAAUACCCACAAGGCCAGGUCCCUUUCCUUCUUGAAUGGCUAAUGGAUUUCCUUUCCUGCGAUCCACCCCAAAGCUGUCCUCCCCAGCCAAAGCCAAAACGAAGCCUGCAUGAGUCAGUCCCAGGAUGCCAUUUUCUCGUCACCAACAGGUGAAGAAACCCUCAUGAAUGUCAGUCAUCGAGACUCAGAGAGCAUCACAGAUGUCUCCGGCUGUGAGGACCUCCCCGAGGUGGAGCUGGUGAGUCUUUUGGAGGAGCAGCUCCCCCAGUAUAAGCUCAGGGUGGACUCGCUAUUCCUCUAUGAGAACCAAGAUUGGGCCCGGUCCCCGCACCACCAGCAACAUGCAGCCGAGACGCUCUCCCCGGUCCUGGCCGAAGAGACCUUCCGUUAUAUGAUUCUAGGCACAGACCGGGUGGAGCAGAUGACCAGAACAUACAAUGACAUCGACAUGGUCACGCACCUGCUGGCAGAGAGGGACCGUGACCUGGAGCUGGCUGCUCGGAUCGGACAAGCUCUCUUGAAACGGAACCACGUCUUAGCUGAGCAGAAUGAGUCCUUGGAAGAGCAAUUGGGACAAGCCUUUGAUCAAGUUAAUCAGCUGCAGCAUGAGUUGUCCAAGAAAGAUGAGCUACUUCGAAUUGUGUCCAUUGCCUCUGAAGAGAGUGAGACUGAUUCCAGCUGUUCAACGCCUCUUCGCUUCAAUGACUCUUUCAACUUGUCUCAAGGUUUGCUGCAGUUGGACAUGCUGCAGGAAAAGCUCAAGGAACUGGAAGAAGAGAAUAUGGCUCUCCGAUCCAAGGCUUGUCACAUAAAAACAGAAACUAUUACCUAUGAAGAGAAGGAACAGCAGCUUGUCCAUGACUGUGUCAAAGAACUUCGUGAAACAAAUGCUCAAAUGUCCAGAAUGACUGAAGAGUUGUCUGGGAAGAGUGAUGAACUGAUCCGAUACCAAGAAGAAAUCUCCUCCCUCUUGUCUCAGAUUGUAGAUCUUCAGCACAAACUUAAAGAACAUGUGAUUGAGAAAGAAGAACUGAGACUUCACCUCCAGGCUUCCAAAGAUGCCCAAAGACAGCUGACCAUGGAGCUGCAUGAGUUGCAAGACAGGAAUAUGGAAUGUCUGGGAAUGUUGCAUGAAUCCCAAGAAGAAAUAAAGGAACUUCGGAGUAGGUCUGGCCCUGCUGCUCAUCUUUACUCCCAGUCUUAUGGAUUCUCAGGGGAAUCCCUGGCAGCCGAGAUCGAGGGGACCAUGCGCAAAGAGUUGAGUUUGGACGAAGAAUCUUCUAUCUUUAAGCAAAAAGCCCAGCAGAAACGGGUAUUUGACACGGUCAAGGCUGCCAAUGACAUGCGGAGUCGUGUUGCACCCUACCCCGCCCUCCCCAUUCCUGGCUCCAACCGCUCGAGUGUCAUCAUGACUGCGAAGCCUUUCGAGUCUGGUUUCCAGCAGGCAGAGGACAGAAUCCGGAACCAGGGGGACCACGCCGAGGAGAACCCGGGGAACCCCCAGAAGGAAGACCAGCCAGGACCCUGUGGAGAAAGUGACUUAGCCACAGCACUGCACCGGCUUAGUCUGCGGCGGCAGAACUACCUGAGCGAGAAGCAGUUCUUUGCUGAGGAAUGGGAGCGGAAGCUCCAGGUCCUGGCGGAGCAUAAAGUCGAGGGGGUGAACGGUGGUGGCACCCCCGCAGAGAGCCUGGCUUCUGUCUACACCAGCCAGUCAGAAAUCACAGACCUCAGCGCUGUCGGUGGCCUUCGAGGAUUCAUGCCUGAAAAACUGCAAAUUGUCAAGCCCCUUGAAGGAUCACAGACUCUGCACCACUGGCAGCAACUUGCUCAGCCAAAUUUAGGCACCAUCCUGGAUCCACGACCAGGAGUCAUCACUAAAGGUUUUGCCCAGUUACCCAAGGACGCCAUCUAUCACCUCUCGGAUUUAGAAGAGGAUGACGAGGAGGGCAUCACUUUCCAGGUUCAGCAGCCCCUGCAGGUGGAACAGACACCAUCCGAAUCCAGGCCAGGAACAGGAAUCUUCCUGCCUCCCAUCACUUCAGCAGGAGGCCCCGUGAGCGCUGCAACCUCGAAUCCAGGAAAGUGUCUGUCAGGUACUAACUCCACCUACACCUUCACCACCUGCAGGAUCUUACACCCCUCUGAUAUCACUCAGGUGACCCCCAGCUCUGCAUUUCCUUCCCUAUCCUGUGGUAGUAGUAGUAGCAGUUCCUCAAACACCGCAGUGAACUCGCCGGCCCUGUCAUAUAGACUCAGCAUCGGGGAAUCCAUCACCACCCGGCGGGACUCCACUAUCACCUUUAGCAGUACCAUGGGGUUAGCCAAGCUGCUGCAGGAGCGAGGCAUCUCAGCCCAAGUGUAUCACAGCCCCGUCUCAGAGAGCCCCCUGCUUCAGCCUCUGUCUAGAGCCCUCGAGAUCCCUUGCACCCCACCAAACUCACCCUCCCACUCGCCCUGCCCCUCCCCACUGCCCUUUGAACCUCGAGUGCAUACCUCCGAGAACUUUCUGGCCUCCCGACCAGCCGAGACGUUCCUUCAGGAGAUGUAUGGCUUGAGGCCUUCCCGGAACCCUCCCGACGUCGGCCAGUUGAAAAUGAACUUGGUGGACAGGCUGAAGAGACUGGGGAUUGCCAGGGUGGUAAAGACUCCCGAUGUCCAGGAAAAUGGAGGAAGCCAAGAGGCAGAAACGGGUCUACAGAGACCAGGCUCUGCUGUUUACUUAAAUUCAGGUAGCAAUUUAUUAAGUGGACUCAGAAGGAAUCAGAGUCUCCCCGUGUUAAUGGGUAGUAGCUUUGGACCCUCAGUGUGCACGUCCUCACCCAGAAUGGAAAUUCUGAAGGAGCACUGAGUCCUCAGAAGUUCCCUGACCUCUUUCGCAGGUUAGCUCUUGGAGGAAGGUUUUGUACUGCUGUCAGCAGUCUGUGUGAAAGAAAAAGAAGGUCGCAGAAGGUUGAGAAUGUGGGAAAGGGUAGCUGGAAGAAUGGGAACAAGAAUAGUUAGAAUGUUGGGAUGAGAGCAUUGGCCCUCAGUAAUGGGGCCUGAUCAGUAGAAAGUAUCCAUGAAAGGUCAUUGAGUCUUUGGAGAAAGAUGUGAAAGAAAGGGUUAAGCGUUCGUCUAGUUGGGUUUUCUUGUCUUGAAAAAUGAUGAGAACCAGAAAUUCUGUAAUAGUGGGACAUAUUUCUAGUAAGUAUAAGCAAGGAAAGCCCUGGUUAGGGGAUGAGAAGAGAAAAGGGUAGCCCAGGAGAUAGCUCAGCAGCCAGUAUUUGCUUUGCAUGCACAAGACCUAAAGUUCAGUCCCCACAUGGCCCUUAGGGCCUUGGCAUCACAUACCCCUCUUCCCUGGCACCACUAGGUGGAGCCCUGGAGGCCCUGAGCACCAACUGGUGCCAAACCAUCCCCAUCUCCCCCGUAGCACGGCUGGGCCAGAGCAGCUUGUAACAUAAGUACUGCUGGAGGCCCCCAGGUAUCCUGAACACUACUCAGGAGUCCUCUCCCCGGCAAGAGAAAAGGUGCAGGAGCAGCUCUGGAAGGUUUGUAGAAAUGAUACGUUUUACUGAGACUUCAGUGAGGUGGCUUUGACUGUGGCCACCAUUACAAUCUGGUGAAAUUGUACCUGUGUCAGGACUUGCCACACUGGCAAACAGGGAGUUGGGCCUUUUUCAGAAGAUCUGGGUAGUGAAGACUCACUCCCUGUUGGCUGUUUUCAGGCCUUUGAGCCACUGGGAGUCCAAACACUACCCAUCUAUAUUCUUUUUGUAUUUGUGAUUUCUGAAAGUUCCUGUUUUAAAUUUGUAUUUUUAUACAACAUCCAAAAAGUAAAAUAAAAAAUAAAUAAGUAAAGCAGCAUGUGUUUGGGGGUGGGAGGGGUUUACUUUAAAAAGGAAAUUAAGUGUAAAUUGAAGCCCCAGUAAACUCACUUUCAGAACAUUUCUUCUGGACAAGUGCAGUGACCAAGGAAUUUGAACACAAUUGAAUGUUUUCAGACUUCCUUGGAAACCGGAAGGCAACCCCAGGUAACCAGAGUGCAAUCAAUAGGGAUUAGGGAAUGUUGUGUAUUUAUGUAUGUUAUUUUUUUGUAAAGAAAGUUGGCUACAACUAAACCUUUUCCAAAGUGUGCUAUGCAUAUUUUUAAUGAAAGAUGACUUGUAUUUGCACAAACAUUCUCAGGCACAUUAAAAUAUUAUAAGCUGAAAUAAAAUC